AAUUUUUAUGGAAUGGCAACGAAAACAUCUGUGAAUGAUUUGAUCGUAUGUCCCAUUUGUUAUGAGAUUUUUCAGGAUCCCAAGUCAUUGCCACAAUGUCUGCAUACAUUCUGUAAGUCUUGUAUCAAAUCUUAUAUAUCGUCUUCUGUAACAGAUAAUUCACUAAAAAAGACUGAUUUUCAUUGCCCUGUGUGUCGAAAAUGUUAUCACGUGACAAAUCCUGAGGAGUGGGUAGAUACCUUACCACACAACCAUUUAAUCGUCAGUUUAACCGACCAAGAGAAAAUGGAAAACAGGGAACCUUCGUGUGAUAUCUGCAAUAGGCAGGAUAAAUCACAACCGGCAAUAUCUUGGUGUCCGGAAUGUUGUGAAAAUUUGUGCGAAAGUUGUGUCACUUUUCACCAAUACAGCCGACUAACUAUGGAACACAAAGUGUGUAAUAUCGCGGAACAAACCCAGAAGAUUAAUCUUAGCGUUGAUUUGUUUUGCAAGCAGCACACCAGUAGAAGAUUAGAAGUUUAUUGUUUUGACCAUGAAGAGCCGUGCUGUCUUAUGUGUGCAACGAUUUCUCACAGAAAGUGUGAAAAAGUCAAUAGUUUGGAAGACUGUGCCCAAAAUUGCAAUGCAGACAUACCAAACAUUUGCUCUGAAAUGGAGGACAUCCAAAAAGCGUGCGACACUGAGAUAACCCGAGUUACGGGCGACAUGAAAAGUCUAGAGAAAGAAUCAACAAACAUAGAACAAAGGGUUAAAACUAUGGCUGAUGAAAUUAUCACAGCUGUAAGGGAUAAAGAACAAAUUCUUCUUGACAACCUAAAGAAAGCGGGAGAAGAACAGUCAAUGCUCUUACAAAAUGUUGUAGACGAAUUUUUAGAGGUUAAGAAGAAGAUAGAACAUGAUGUUCAAAUUCUGAAGAAUUCGCAAGACCUACACAAAAUUGCGUUAUUUUUAGAAUUAAAACGAAUCGGUAAAACAGUUUCCGAAGCUCAAGUAGGCGUUAUAAAGCUCCAGAAAGAGUAUAAAACAUCCACUUUAGAUGUACAUAUCGAUGAAACUGUAAACAAAUUUCACUCUUCCUUUGAUACUUUUGGAAAAAUUAAAAUCAAAGGACAGAACGAAGUAAAUUAUCAGUCAGGACAGCUUGUGUUGGAGAAAUCAGUCACUGUAGAGGGGAGUUCACGGCUUACUGACGUAGACGUUAUUGAUGGCCGCUAUCUCGUAACUACUUGCGAUAGAAUUAAAUUAGUGUAUAUUUUGGAUGAGAAUGGAAUACAGCUGUCGUCACUGAACCUGAAUGGAACUCCUUGGGGUAUUGCAGCACUUCAAAACGCAACGUUCUGUGUGACGAUGCGAAAUCCUGGUCUUAUUGGGUUUUUUAAAAUACAUGAAAAUCAUUUAAUUUCAAGAGAAAAGGAGUUGAAAAUAUCUCAAAAUGCAUGGGGUAUAUGUGUUUAUGAAAACAUAAUAGUCGUUUCUAUGGAAAAUAAGUUAAAUGGUCAAGUAUUUAGAUUUUAUGACCAAGAAGGCAAUUAUUGUGAAGAAUACACAAUCUCCCCAGGAUCUUCACUAUAUGGUGGAGUGAUAGCUACUUCAAAAAAGUCUCUUCUUUUUACACAUCACCACGAACAUUUCCUUUUUUCAGUUGACAUGAACGUGUCAAAAACAGCAUCUACUGUGUACAAAGGAGAUAAUAUGAAAUAUCCAAUAGGCGUGACCCGCGACCCGAACGGGAAUGUUUAUGUUGCCUGUUUUGAGUCAAAUAAUGUUCUUCAAUUUGAUGAAAACGGAAAAUUUAUCAGAGAGAUAAUAAAAGCAGAUCCAGCUGUUAAGAAUCCGUUUGGGAUACGGGUCAAAGGAUUCGGAGAUGACGUUAAAUUGAUUCUUACUACACAGGAAAAACUGCUUGUUUAUUAUUUUGUGAAGUAACUGAAAAUAUUGUAUGUUUGUUUCAAUUUCUCCUAUAAGAUGUACAAGACAGUAUAUAAAAUGACGAAUAUUUAGGUUGCUAAAAACCCCAUUGGAAUUUUCUUAAUUAACUAUAAUUUAAUCUGGUCAGAGUUUUUUAAAUGUAAUACUACUGUCUAGAAAAGCCUAUACAGAUGCUUAACUAAAACGUACUAGUUAAAGACGAAACGAAUAAUAAAGCUUGCGCAUUGGUACUUUUUAACUACUUGGUAUUAAUUCUAUUAAAUCAUGUCCUAUUUGUGUUAUGUAUGAUAUAUUUUUUUAUAUGUUACCUCGAUAUCUAAAUACACUCUGCAAUUCUUACUUCAAAUCUUAUAUAUCGACUUCUGUAAUACACAAAUCAUUGAACAACACUAAUUUUCAUUGUACUGCGUGGGACGUGUUAUCAUGCGAUCUGUCAUCCGGGGGAGGCUUGAUUGACAGGUU